AGGUUGGUGGGCAUGUGCUUCGCCGCAUGAAGGAGGUGGCUGAGCAGCACCUUGGCCACCCUGUGGAAGAAGCAGUCAUCACUGUUCCCGCCUACUUUAACGACAACCAGCGCCAGGCCACCAAGAAUGCAGGCCAGCUCGCAGGCCUGAAAGUGCUGCGCUGUGUGAACGAGCCAACGGCAGCCGCGCUUGCGUAUGGCAUCUCCGCUGUCAGCAAUGGAGGCGCGACGAAGAAGAUUGCCGUGUACGAUCUUGGUGGUGGCACGUUUGACAUCAGCAUUCUGUCCAUGGAUGCGUUUGGGGUGUUUGAGGUCCUUUCCACCAACGGCGACACGUUUUUGGGCGGCGAGGACGCAGACGCAGCCAUUGCGCAACACCUGAAUGAAACAUUUUGCAGCACGCAUGGCCUGGCGCCGCAGGACCUGGACGCCACCGCAACUCAACGCCUCAAGGACGCGGCAGAGACGGCGAAGAUGCAACUCGAUCAGGCGAGCGAGGCGUCGGUGGUGCUGCCGCUGCUGUUCAACCGAAAGAGUCUGGAGACCACGCUGACACGUGCGCAGGUGGACACGCUCGUGCGUCCCGUCAUCGACCGGACAAUUGGUCCGUGCAAGAAGUGUCUUCGCGAUGCGAAACUGAAGCCGUCGGAGCUCGAUCACGUCAUCCUGGUCGGCGGCAUGACGCAGAUGCCGCUCGUGCGGGAUGUCGUGCAAGACGUCUUCAAGCAGGAGCCGCUGACGGGUGUGAAUCCGCUGGAGGCGGUGGCGAAGGGCGCUGCAAUUCAGGCGGGCGUUCUCGUCGGCGAAAUCACAGACGUCCUCUUGCUCGACGUUACCCCGCUCUCCCUCGGCAUUGAGACGCUGGGCGGGCUGUUCAACAAGCUGAUACCGCGCAACACGAGCAUUCCCACGAGCAAAACGGAGACAUUUUCCACCGGCGUCGACAACCAGACGCAAGUCGUCAUCCGCGUCAUGCAGGGCGAGCGCCCAAUCGCAAACGACAACCAAUUCCUUGGCGAAUUCGUUCUCAUGGACAUCCCGCCUGCGCCAAAGGGGAAAGCGCAGAUUGCGGUGACGUUUGACAUUGACGCCGACGGGAUUGUGCGCGUGAGUGCGGUGGAAAAAUCAACCGGGCACGAGGAGAAGAUUGAGGUGCGGUCCACGGGCGGGCUGACACCAGCACAGGUGGAGGCAUUGGUGGCGGAAGCUGCAUCGCAGCGACGGCGGGACGCACAGCGGCAGCAGCACUUGCAGGCGCUGACGGAGUUGGAUGUGGUGGUGCAGGACGUGGACUCGAACAUGGACCAGUUUGCGGCGCAGCUCGACCCGGCCACCGUGAAGGAGAUGCGCGCGCGCACGGCACAGCUGAAGCAGGCAAUUGGGACAACUGCGCAGACCCUGAGCGACGGCGCCGUGCCUGCAGGCAACGGCGCUAAUGAGGCAAGCGCAGUGGAGAUUGCCGACCGCAUCAGCGCGCUUCGCAGCGAGACGGAAGCCGUGAUGGCCGAUGCAAUGGCCAUGUUCCAACGAGCAGCAGCGAAGACAGCGGGCAGUGACAGUGGUGGUGGUGGCGGCAAUGAGUGAUCAGUUAUCCAUCAUUACAGAAGACACGGCAAUCCAUGCAUUGGUUGGCUGAGCGGUU